AUGGCUACUCUUAACGUGUCCUUUGUGGUACAUCUUCUGUGUAUAGUUGUUCUUAACCCGGUUGUGUAUGCCAAAUGCAGUGACCGAAACGGGCAAAUAUAUUAUCUUUCUCGAACUCGCCAGACCCUCAAUGAUCUUGCCAUGGUGAGGAGACAAAUGGGCUGUAUCCAAGAGGCGGAAAGGAUAAUGGUCCAACGUCCAACGCUUUCAAUAGAGGAGGGGGAAAAGCUUUGGACACUGAAACUUGCGUUUCAACUAGCCAGCGAGCUCUUCCAACAAAACCUAACACUUGUGAAAUGGAAUACCUUCAAAAUCAGGGAGCUCCAAGACCUUCUUGCUCGACAAAAUAUGACCUAUUCAGAAUGUGUUAGAGACAUGAGUGUGCGUCUAAACCUUCCAAUUGAAAAUAUGGUUAAGAACUACUUCAAACAGCUGGACGACUUUCUUUUACAUGAGCGUUUCAGCUCCUGCUCAUGGGAGGUCGUGAGAGCUGAAAUGGGGAGCAUCCUAAGGGAUUUUUACAAUAAAUCAAAAAUAUCAAGAAAACACACCUCCCUAGGGAAGGGAGAAAGUGUCUACCCUCGUCUCAUGCCUCGGGGAGAGCUCUGGAGUGGGCAAACGGCAAAGGGAGACGUGGAGUUGGACCACUUCGAGGAGUUCACCCGUCGCUUCCAGGCCAUCUUCGACCAUCCGCCCGAAGAUAGAGCGGCGGGGGAACGGCUCUUCCAUUUGAGGAAGGGGACGAGGAGCCGCCGGAGCAGGCUGGAACGACUGGGCCCUCAUCGACCACUAUCGGUGCAGUCUGCGCGAGGACGUCAGACGUGA